AUGACGUCUACUACUGCAAGUCCUCCUCCUACUCCUACUCCAUCAACAUCUUCUACAGGACCUUCUACCGUUGCAAACGCCACAACAGUGACGUCGACAGUCACUUCUAUUCCAACCUCCACACCACCUUCAGCAACACCCACGCAGCCAUCUACCCCUUUUCUCACCACAACAAAAGCUCGAACGGCAGUCACUUCUACUCCAAGCUCCACUCUAACUUCAACGACAUCUAAUCGGCCUUCUACCCCCGCUCUUACCACACCAACAGCUAGCACGACCUCUUCUGUUGCCUCCACAAUGAUGAGCACCCUUACCACGCCAGCGGGCACUACUCCGUCCAUCUCUACCUCCCCGUCAACGCCAUCCUUUCCCACGUCAGUCGAGACGAUUACGCCUUCUCGCUCAACGGCAAUACCAACUGAGACGCCUUUCACGACUUUAAAAACGUCUUCAGUGCUUCCUACAUCUUCAGUCGCUCCGACAACUGCAACGACAAGCACUUCAUCCGGGGCGCCAACCUCUACCUCCACCUACGCUGCUCCAACUUCGUCAACGAGACUAACUACACCGCAGUCCACUACGCCUUGUACAGGAGAAAGAAUAUUCAAAGGAGACAUCGCUGUCGCCUUCGAGAUGACCACCAAUCCUCUUUUUGCAGACGUUGAGUCAUUCGUCACCACUCUUCUCACCUACAACAACAAUUCAUACAGCUUCUCCCCUGAUGGCUACAAUGAAGCACCGAGUGCCUACAUUUUAGUACCGUACCCUAACACGGAAUAUUACACACCUCAAGAUACAUUUGGACGACUAAG